AUGAGCGACUACACCUUGCCGUCGAACUCGGAGAGCGAGGGCAACCUGCCGGGAUGGCGACAUUGGUGGGGAACCCCUGCGACGCCAAGCGACCUUGGCUCGACGCCCAGCGACGGCCAGGAAGAGGAGGAGGAGGAAGGAGGCGGCGUUGGUAGUGACACCGAGGAGGAGGAGGAAAAGGAGGAGGAGGAGGACUCCGAUGCCAGGUUCGCCCGGCUGGAGGCGCAGGAGGCGGCGGACGAGAAGGCGGCGGCAAGGAAGGAGGCCAGGGCCCGGACGCAGGCGCGGGCAUCGCGUCGUCGUCCGUUCACCGACGACGACGACGAAGACGUCACUUCGUCUGACUCGAAGUCCUCCACGGACGCGUCUUCGGGCAGUUCCUCUUCUGGCGAGGAGGUGACAAGCAAGAGGCGCAUAAGUGAGGACGACGAAGCAGGGCCUUCUAACAAGAAGGCCAAAAAUUAG